UUUCGACACCGAUGUCAUAUAAAAUGAUAUGCCAAUUUUUCAAACGUAGUACAGAUGUGAUAGAGGACUUUGUCAAAGUCAAACCAACUUCUCAUUAAACAACAUGAAAAGUUGCUAGCAUUAACAAAGAAAUGAAGACAAGGUACAUUAUUAAACACUCUUUGUCCCUUUUUUUUUAAUCAUCAUUAACCAAAGUUUCUGGAGAAUAUAGAUUAUUAUAUAUUAAGUUAUUGACUGUAGAAUCCUACAUUAAAUAAUGUUUUUUUUUUUUUUUCAUGAAGACAUUCAUGAAAGAAACUUAAGAAUAAUUUAGUUCAAGGGAUAAGAAAUUAACUUCUAUAAAAAUCUUAACACUUGACAACCUAGGAUAUUGUUCAUCAUCUUGAAGUCAUGCAGUUAAAGAAAGAUCUCCUUGUAUUUGCUACUCUUUUUUACCAUUUUUCCAUGGUUUAUGGCUGUGAUGAAACAGAAAGAGCGGCUCUAAUGAGCUUCAAAUCGUUGCUGACUGAUCCAUCUAAUCGAUUAUCUUCAUGGCAGGGCGAAAAUUGUUGCAACUGGAAAGGAAUCAAAUGCUCGAGUUCAGGUCGUGUUAUAGUUGUCAAUCUCCGGAAUCCUAAUCCGGAUAAAGUCUUGAUCAAUGUCAAUAAGGAAGUCUUUUCAUAUUCUAAAAACACGUCCGAUUUUGUCCUUAAAGGUACCAUAUCUCCAUUGCUCUUCACUCUUAACCAUAUGCAACAUCUCGACCUGAGUUUCAACAACUUCAUGUUCUCAAAGUUACCCACUGAGAUAUCAAACUUAACAAAAUUGACUUAUCUGAAUUUGUCAAAUGCCAUGUUUCAAGAUUCCAUCACCACUCAAUUCUCGAACCUCACAUCUCUAAGGUUUCUUGAUCUUUCAUGCGCUAAUAUAGUGGCUGAUUUGUCUUCUAUUUCUAUUAGCUUGACAUUACCACUAGAGUUAGAUUUUGGCUCAAUGAUUUCUUUUAUCAGAUAUGGUGAAUUGUCCAGUCCAAAUCUAAGGUGGUUAGAAGGACUCAGAGGUCUCAGAUAUUUAGUAUUGACUGGCGUUGAUCUAUCAAAGGCAUCCGAAUCAUUUCAUUGGGCUAAACCAAUAUCAAGUCUUUCGAAUCUCAUGUCACUUCAAUUGUCCAAAUGCAAAAUUUCAGGAAGAAUUCCGAUAGGGCAAUUACUUAACCUUACUAAUCUUUCUACUCUAAAAAUGAGGUCCAACGUUCUAACAUCCUCAAUACCUGAGCUACUAUCAAACCUCACAACCCUCUCGGUUCUUGAUUUUAGUGCCAAUUAUCUAGAUGGUCAUAUCCCUUACUUUCCUCAACUCGAAGAACUUUCUGUUGAUAGCAAUCCUGAUAUGACCAUAGAUCUUGUUUCAAUGUUUUCAGUCCCAUGGUCAAAGUUGACUUUUCUUGACAUAAGCUUCGCUCGGGUAGGUGGAGUGAUUCCUCCUUCUUUAAGCAACUCAACUUCAUUAACCUUUUUCCGAGCUGAUAGAUGCUCGAUACAAGGGUCUAUACCUUCUUCAGUUACAAAACUUAAGAAAUUAAGUUUCCUGAUGCUCAACGACAAUUAUAUCACAGGCCAACUUCCUGUAAACAUGUCCAGUUUAAUAAGCCUUCAACACUUAUCACUGUUACAGAAUAGUUUACAAGGGUAUAUUCCAAUUUCGAUUUGUCAUAUGCCCUCCCUGAAGUACCUGAAUUUAGAUAGGAACGAGCUAAUAGGACGUCUUCCCUUGUGCAUACUUCAGCUUCCUAAGCUUUCGCAUCUUUAUGUUCAGGAGAAUAACCUGAAUGGUGAUAUCCCACUGUCUUUGUUCCAGAAGUCAAGAUUGGAUCAAAUUAGUUUCGGACUUAGUGGAUUGUCAAUCGAAAUCGAUGAUCAAGAUCAACCCUUUGUGCAGACGUUCCAGCCCACAAUUUUGGAAUUCACAUCUUGCAACAUGAGAGGAGAAAUCCCGGAGUUCUUUUCGAAUUUAACGAGCCUCAUGGUUUUAAAUUUAGCUAACAACAGUUUAUCAGGAGCCAUACCACACUGGUUGUUCAAUCUUCCUUCCCUCUCUGUCCUAAAUUUAUUUAUGAAUAACUUCGAGGGAGCUAUACCUCCAAUGAUUCAGCUGAAAUCUUCUCCUUAUCCAACAACAAUAAAUUUAGCCAAAAACAACCUUCAAGGUCCUAUCCCUUCUAAGUUCGAGAAUGUUAAUGUCAUCGAUUUGUCACUUAACAAUUUUGUAGGCACAAUUCCAACAUGUAUAGGAGAAGUUCCCGGCAUCAGGUCCAUAUCACUAUCCGGAAACCAAAUUCAUGGUCCAAUACCUGAAUCAUUUUGCCAAGUGACUAACAUUCUCCAGGUGCUUGAUCUCUCUAAUAACAGCUUGUCAGGCACAAUUCGACGUAAUUUGGGAAACUGCAAGUCUCUCAUUUACCUUAAUCUUGGACAAAACAAGCUCACUGGAAGUGUUCCAAAAGAGAUUGAACGUGUUACAAGCCUUCGUUACCUUGACCUGAAUGGGAAUCAGUUCGAAGGAUCUUUUCCAAGAGUGAACGAAAACUUUCAAGAUUUGGAGAUUCUGAACUUGGCAGGAAAUAGAUUUGAAGGACGGAUACCAAAGUCCAUCGGUGACCUACACAGCCUCCGUAUGCUAGUUCUUGCAUCAAACACUUUCAAUGAAUCUAUCCCGGAAGGGCUAAUGAAGUUGGAAAAUCUACAAUAUAUUGGUCUAUCCAGGAACAAUCUGUCCGGUCCAAUUCCUGAGAACCUUGAUGGCUUGAAAAUGAUGACGAAAAGACAAAAUGAGGCAACCAUCUUAUUAGGUUAUGUUUACUCCUUGAUGUUCACUGGUGUUCAGCUAGAAAUAGUCACCAAAGGACAAACACAUUGGCUUGAGUCAGUGUAUUCCUACCACACUGGAUUCGACGUCUCGAGCAAUGCUCUUACUGGUAAAAUCCCUGAGAAAAUCGGCCUUUUGAGUGGAAUCCCAAUGCUGAAUCUCUCACAUAACAAUCUCUUUGGACCGAUCCCAAAGACUAUCGGUGAGAUGAUUUCACUCGAGUCGUUGGAUCUUAGCUAUAACCAAUUAACAGGUGAAAUUCCAGUGACAUUAACACUGUUAGAUUUUCUUCAGUAUCUCAACUUGUCUUAUAACAAUUUGAGCGGACGUAUUCCAAGCAAUCCACAUUUUGACACUUUGUAUCAAGAUGGAACAACAUAUAUCGGGAACAAAUACUUAUGUGGUGUUCCUGAUGGGAUGAAUUGCAGUAACAACGGACCGUCUACGACUGAAAUAACAGAGAACAGAUAUGAUCAAGAAUAUUUUCUUUUUGUUGUAGUUGUAUUCUUUGGCUAUGUAACAGGAAUUUCUGGAGUAUUUCUGCUCUUAUAUUUUAUAGGUGACAAUUGGAGGAACAAGUACUGGAGGGCAGUAGACAGAAUUGUGUUAAAAAUAGUGAAUUGUAAACCAUGAUAUGUAUAUACUAAAUUUCUGCAAUAGAAUAAAACUGGCAAGGACUGUAGUCUUUGAGUUCAAUUUCACUAUUUUAAGUUUUGGCUACUGGAGCAGCCAUCUUUGAUUAAUUUUUUUGGUUUUUGUUAAAGCAAAAGCAGUUGAAAUGACCAUAUUUAUCUAGUGAUUCUCGUGUCCAAUCUCAGUGGA